GACUGUCUUCAUCACCGCCACUUUGCUCGUCCGAGGUUACAAGUGUCAAGCUGCUGCCUUGAGGCGAUGGAUAUAUUGUACCAGUGCAAGGAAAUCUUAAGGAUUCAGAAGCUUAGGCGCUUGGCGUCUUAUGCCGGAUUCUAUGCCUUCACUACCCUCGUUACCUAUGCUUACACAAGCAAUACGACAAGGGCUGGCAUUUCGAGGGCCGAUCAGUACUAUGCCUCCUACCCUUCUGGUACUGAGCUACUAACUGAUACUGCAAAGCUCUAUAAGGCUGCAUUAGGUAAUUGUUUUGAGAUAGACGAUUGGGGUCCAAUAGAAUUCUCCAUCAUGGCAAAGCACUUUGAUCGGCAAGGCAAACCACCGUAUGCUUACCAUGCUCAAUACAUGUCACACCUUCUGUCUCACGGCCAACUCGAUGGAAGUGGUUAACUGCACGAUGUGUUUUUUUGUUAAUCCUUUUGAAGCCUGGCUGUAGUCCUGUCAAUUACAUCACUUGUAUGAUGUCCUGUUACGACGGGCGGCAGAGAUGAAAUCAUAAAUGCUGAAUAUUAGGCCAAAAAGUAUGGACAGCUACAUUAUCAGCUUGUCGUUUAUAUAAAUUGUGCUGAAUUUUCA